AUGGCCUCGCCGCCGGUUCCGCAGGACGAGCUGCUGCCGCGGGCCGGCCCAGGGUCCCAGUGGCUCGGGGACCUGGGGGAGGGGGAGAACGAGGCGGGGACGCCGGCGGGGCAGCCCGGCCGGGGCUCGGGCGACGGCGCCGGGGAAGCGGGGCGGCGGGAACCCGGUUCGGGCUCCGCGGGGCCGCCGCCCGUUGCCAUGGAGACUGCAUCCACAGAUAUGGCAGAUGCCCCCCGUGCCAUGGAUCAUACCUUUUCAACAGCAUCCAAUGAGGAAGGAACUUGUUACACAUCUCUUAUUUCUGACAUCAGUUACUCACCGCAGGUGGAUACUACAUAUUUCACUGGAAUUCUUCAGAAGGAAAAUGGUCACGUCAACAGCUCAGAGAGCCCUGAAGAAUUGAGUACACCUGGACCCCCUUUGCCAGAUGUUCAUGGCACAGAGCCUCACGGGCUAUUUGGUUCUGAUUCCGGGAUAGAGAUGACUCCUGCUGAUUCUAUGGAAGUGAACAAGAUCUUAGCUGAUCCUCUGGACCAGAUGAAAGGAGAAGCCUAUAAAUACAUUGAUAUAACCAGGCCAGAACCAGAAGAGGUGAAGGAUCAGGGGCAAUGUCACCCCAUGACAGAGGCUAAAAACUUAGAUUUUAAGAAUAAGGAGACUGAAAACUCAACAAAUUCUGAAGGGGUCCGUGAACCUGAGAAACCAGCUCCUGUGGAGGGAAAGAUCAUUAAGGACCACUUAUUUGAGGAGUCAACGUUUGCGCCUUAUAUAGAUGAUCUUCCUGAAGAACAGCACAGCGCCCCUGUGGUCACAGCCCCCGUCAAAAUCACGCUGACUGAGAUUGAACCUUCUAUUGAGACUGCUACCCAGGAGCAGACCCCUGAGAAGCAAGACGUCUGCCUGAAGCCCAGUCCCGACACGGUCCCCACUGUCACUGUCUCAGAGCCUGAAGAUGACAGUCCAGGAUCUGUAACGCCCCCGUCUUCUGGAACAGAACCAUCUGCUGCAGAAUCCCAGGGGAAAUGCAGCGUCUCUGAGGACGAGUUGAUCACUGCCAUUAAAGAAGCGAAGGGGCUAUCAUAUGAAACCGCAGAGAGCCCACGGCCCACUGGCCAGGUGGCCGACAGACCCGGGGCCAAGGCCAGAUCUGGACUGCCGACCAUCCCCAGCCCCCUGGACCAUGAGGCCAGCAGCGCAGAGUCAGGGGACUCAGAGAUCGAGUUGGUGUCCGAGGACCCGCUGGCGGCCGAUGAUUCCCUGCCUUCGGGCUACGUGACCUUUGGCCACGUGGGCGGCCCACCACCCUCACCUGCCUCGCCGUCCAUCCAGUACAGCAUCCUCAGGGAGGAACGUGAGGCCGAGCUGGACAGCGAGCUCAUCAUUGAGUCGUGCGAUGCCUCCUCGGCCUCAGAGGAGAGCCCCAAGAGGGAGCAGGACUCGCCCCCCAUGAAGCCGGCUGCUCUGGACGCCAUCCGAGAGGAGACCGCUGCCCGGGCCGAAGAGCGUGCCCCCACCCGGCGGGGCCAUGUGGGGCCUGACCCCUCAGCUGUCCCCAGGCCCGACCCUGAGCUACCUUCCAGGGACCAAGCCGUGGCCGAGGGGCUCGCGUCGCAGCCGAGACCCAUGCAAGCCGAGAGUUGCAGCCCCAGCUCUGCAGCUGCUAAGGCCUCUGGGCCUCGAGUGCCUGGCGCAGCACCCCCUCUGCUCUUCCUAAAUAAGCAAAAAGCUAUCGACCUGCUCUACUGGAGGGACAUCAAGCAGACGGGCAUCGUGUUUGGGAGCUUCCUGCUGCUACUCUUCUCCCUGACCCAGUUCAGCGUUGUGAGCGUCGUGGCCUAUCUGGCCCUGGCCGCGCUCUCAGCCACCAUCAGUUUCCGCAUCUACAAGUCUGUCUUACAAGCUGUGCAGAAAACCGACGAGGGCCACCCUUUCAAAGCCUACUUGGAGCUGGAGAUCACCCUUUCUCAGGAGCAGAUUCAGAAGUACACAGACUGCCUGCAGUUCUACGUGAACAACACGCUUAAAGAGCUGAGGAGGCUCUUUCUCGUCCAGGACCUGGUGGAUUCCUUAAAAUUUGCAGUGCUGAUGUGGCUCCUGACUUAUGUGGGUGCGCUCUUCAACGGCCUGACCCUGCUGCUCAUGGCUGUGGUUUCAAUGUUUACUCUACCUGUAGUGUAUGUUAAACACCAGGCACAGAUUGACCAGUAUCUGGGACUUGUGAGGACUCACAUAAAUGCGAUUGUGGCAAAGAUUCAGGCUAAAAUCCCAGGUGCUAAAAGGCACGCUGAGUAA